AUGGCGACGUUGACGGAAGACUUCCCGACGGAAAUUCUGUUGAGGUUGUCGGUGAUGGAUGUGAUGCGAUUGAAGAGCGUGUGUAAGUCAUGGAAUUCCUUAAUCAAAAGCUCUUCCUUCAUCUCCAAAUACAACAACAAGAGUGAUAAUGAUAAUAAUGAUGAUGAUGAACCCUUUAUCGUCAUCGUCAAUUGUGAUGGAACUCUCAUACUUUCUUCUUACAAUGAUCUCCUCAAGCACCACCGGAGUCAUCAGAAUCAGCCUCAGAAUCCUUACACAACUUACCGGAAUUUGAAUUUUCGAUGGGUUUGCUGCUGCGACGGUGGCCUGAUGCUUGGGGGAGUUGGAUAUUCAGAAGUUCGUGGAAUCGGGUUCGAUUCCAAGAACAAUGAGUACAAGCCCUUCUUCGCUCGCAUGGUUUACUUAGAGAACAUGACGACAAUGGAGAUUGACAUGUUCAGCUCCAAAAUGAACCAGUGGAGGAAACUGAUCGUAGAACAAACGGAGGUGACUCCGCUGGAAUAUUUGGAUGGGGAGCUGAAAGGGUUGUCUAUGCCAAUGGGAUUCCGCACUGGAUAG